GAAAAAGUAGAAUAUGCCUUCCUGAUAAUUUUUACAGUUGAAACAUUUUUGAAGAUUAUAGCGUAUGGAUUAUUAUUACACCCCAAUGCAUAUGUUAGAAAUGGAUGGAAUUUAUUGGAUUUUGUAAUAGUAGUUGUAGGAUUAUUUAGUGUAAUAUUGGAACAAUUAACCAAAGAAACAGACGGUGGCAGCCACUCGGGUGGCAAACCUGGUGGCUUUGAUGUCAAAGCCCUAAGAGCCUUUCGUGUAUUGCGACCUCUCCGGCUUGUAUCAGGAGUGCCCAGUUUACAAGUUGUCCUGAACUCCAUUAUAAAAGCCAUGGUUCCCCUCCUCCAUAUUGCCCUUUUGGUAUUGUUUGUAAUCAUAAUCUAUGCUAUUAUAGGAUUGGAACUUUUUAUUGGAAAAAUGCACAAAUCGUGUUUUCUUAUUGAUUCAGAUAUACUAGUUGAAGAAGAUCCAGCACCUUGUGCAUUCUCAGGGAAUGGACGUCAGUGUGUCAUGAAUGGCACUGAAUGUAAGGGUGGAUGGGUUGGACCAAAUGGAGGCAUAACCAACUUUGAUAAUUUUGCAUUUGCAAUGUUGACUGUGUUCCAGUGUAUAACCAUGGAAGGAUGGACGGAUGUGUUGUACUGGGUAAAUGAUGCAAUAGGAUGUGAAUGGCCAUGGAUCUAUUUUGUUAGUCUUAUCAUCCUUGGCUCAUUUUUCGUACUUAACCUGGUUCUUGGUGUACUUAGUGGAGAAUUUUCCAAAGAAAGAGAAAAAGCCAAGGCCCGAGGGGACUUUCAGAAGCUACGUGAAAAACAGCAGCUUGAAGAAGAUCUGAAGGGCUAUUUAGAUUGGAUUACACAGGCAGAAGACAUUGACCCUGAGAACGAGGAAGAGGCUGAUGAAGAAGGCAAGAGGAACAGGGUUACACUGGCUGACUUAAUGGAAGACAAGAAGAAAAGCAGACUUAGCUGCUUUGGCCGUUCUUCCAAUAAACAUGCAAGCAUGCCCACCAGUGAAACCGAGUCGGUGAACACAGAGAACGUGAGUGGAGAAGGGGAGACCCCAGCAUGCUGUGGAAGUUUAUGUCAAACCAUCUCAAAAUCCAAGUUCAGUCGGCGCUGGCGUCGCUGGAACCGAUUUAACAGAAGAAAAUGUAGAGCUGCAGUAAAAUCUGUCACAUUUUAUUGGCUUGUUAUUGUCUUGGUCUUUCUGAACACGUUAACUAUCUCAUCGGAGCAUUACAAUCAACCCGACUGGCUGACCCAGAUCCAAGAUAUCGCAAAUAAAGUUCUUCUGGCUUUAUUCACCUGUGAAAUGUUAGUAAAGAUGUACAGCUUGGGCCUACAGGCUUAUUUUGUUUCUCUCUUUAACCGCUUUGAUUGCUUCGUUGUUUGUGGUGGCAUUGUUGAAACCAUUUUGGUGGAGUUGGAAAUUAUGUCACCCCUUGGAAUUUCAGUGUUUCGCUGUGUUCGUCUCCUGCGUAUUUUUAAAGUAACAAGGCACUGGGCAUCCCUGAGCAACUUGGUAGCAUCCUUGUUAAACUCAAUGAAGUCCAUUGCUUCACUGUUGCUUCUGCUUUUCCUCUUCAUCAUAAUCUUCUCGUUGCUUGGAAUGCAGCUGUUUGGAGGCAAAUUUAAUUUUGACGAAACUCAAACAAAACGGAGCACCUUCGAUAAUUUUCCACAAGCUCUUUUAACUGUAUUCCAGAUUCUAACAGGUGAAGACUGGAAUGCUGUUAUGUAUGAUGGCAUAAUGGCAUAUGGUGGUCCAUCAUCGUCAGGCAUGAUAGUCUGUAUAUAUUUUAUUAUCCUCUUCAUCUGUGGUAACUAUAUCUUGCUAAAUGUCUUCUUGGCCAUUGCUGUGGAUAACUUGGCAGAUGCUGAAAGUCUGAAUACAGCUCAGAAAGAAGAAGCUGAAGAAAAGGAAAGGAAAAAGAAUGCAAGAAAAGAGAGUCUGGAAAAUAAAAAAAUGGACAAGUCAGAAGGUGAUCAAAAGAAGCCCAAGGAUAGUAAGGUGACAAUUGCUGAAUAUGGGGAAGGAGAGGAUGAGGAUAAAGAUCCCUAUCCACCCUGUGAUGUACCAGUAGGUGAAGAUGAAGAAGAUGAGGAGGAUGAACCAGAGGUACCAGCAGGCCCUCGUCCCCGUAGAAUAUCAGAACUGAACAUGAAGGAGAAGAUAACACCGAUCCCUGAAGGGAGUGCCUUCUUCAUUUUCAGCAGCACCAAUCCAAUUCGAGUGGGAUGCCACAGACUUAUCAAUCACCACAUCUUUACCAACCUCAUCCUUGUCUUCAUCAUGCUGAGCAGUGUUUCCCUAGCAGCUGAAGAUCCAAUUCGCAGCCACUCUUUUCGAAAUAAUAUCCUAGGGUAUGCAGAUUAUGUCUUCACUAGUAUGUUUACAUUUGAGAUCAUUUUGAAGAUGACAGCUUUUGGAGCAUUCCUUCAUAAAGGGUCCUUCUGCAGGAAUUAUUUUAAUUUGCUGGAUUUGCUGGUUGUGGGUGUUUCUCUGGUAUCAUUUGGUAUUCAAUCAAGUGCUAUCUCAGUUGUGAAGAUCCUCAGAGUUUUAAGAGUCUUGAGGCCUCUAAGGGCAAUAAACAGAGCAAAAGGACUUAAGCAUGUUGUUCAAUGUGUCUUUGUGGCUAUUCGAACUAUUGGUAAUAUCAUGAUUGUUACAACUCUGCUGCAGUUCAUGUUUGCUUGUAUUGGGGUGCAGCUGUUCAAGGGAGCGAAAGAAACAGUUUUGAAUAGAGCAUUGAGUAACUCUGAGGUUACUUUAAUAUUUCGCUAAUUAUAUUUUCUUUCCCACAGAGGGAUAUACAUCGUUUAUAAAGAUGGAGAUGUUGAUAGUCCAAUGGUCAAAGAAAGGGUCUGGCAAAAUAGUGAUUUCAACUUUGAUAAUGUUCUGUCUGCUAUGAUGGCCCUUUUCACAGUCUCCACCUUUGAAGGCUGGCCAGCACUACUAUACAAAGCCAUCGAUUCAAAUGGCGAGAAUGUAGGACCUGUAUACAACUACAGAGUGGAGAUCUCCAUUUUUUUCAUCAUCUAUAUCAUCAUUAUUGCUUUCUUUAUGAUGAACAUAUUUGUUGGUUUUGUGAUUGUUACAUUUCAAGAACAGGGAGAACAAGAGUACAAGAACUGUGAGCUGGACAAAAAUCAGCGUCAGUGUGUAGAGUAUGCCUUGAAGGCACGUCCUCUCCGUAGAUAUAUUCCCAAAAAUCCUUACCAGUACAAGUUCUGGUAUGUGGUGAAUUCUACUGGAUUUGAAUACAUCAUGUUUGUCCUCAUCAUGCUGAACACCCUUUGUUUGGCUAUGCAGCACUAUGGACAGUCUAAGCUCUUUAAUGAUGCAAUGGACAUUAUGAAUAUGGUUUUCACAGGAGUGUUCACUGUUGAAAUGGUUUUGAAAGUGAUUGCAUUCAAACCCAAGAUUUUUGUAAAAAAAAAGGAAAGAUGGCUAGGCUAUUUUAGUGAUGCCUGGAAUACGUUUGACUCCCUCAUCGUUAUUGGCAGCAUAGUAGACGUCGUUCUCAGUGAAGCUGAUCCAAAGCCAACUGAAACAGUCACAACUGAUGAGUCUGGGAACUCUGAAGACAGCGCUAGGAUCUCCAUCACAUUUUUCCGUCUCUUCCGGGUGAUGAGGUUGGUGAAGCUGCUUAGCAGAGGAGAAGGAAUCAGAACUUUACUGUGGACAUUUAUCAAAUCAUUCCAGGCUCUGCCUUAUGUUGCCCUUCUGAUAGCCAUGCUGUUCUUCAUCUAUGCUGUCAUUGGAAUGCAGGUAUUUGGAAAAGUGGCCAUGAGGGACAACAAUCAAAUAAACAGAAACAACAAUUUUCAGACUUUCCCCCAAGCUGUGCUUCUUCUCUUCAGGUGUGCAACUGGAGAAGCCUGGCAGGAAAUCAUGCUGGCAUGUUUGCCUGGAAAACGCUGUGAUCCAGAAUCUGAUUAUAAUCCAGGGGAAGAAUACACAUGUGGAAGCAAUUUUGCCAUCAUUUAUUUUAUCAGUUUUUACAUGCUCUGUGCAUUUUUGAUUAUAAACUUAUUUGUGGCUGUCAUUAUGGAUAAUUUUGAUUAUUUGACACGUGACUGGUCUAUUCUGGGUCCUCAUCAUUUGGAUGAAUUCAAAAGGAUAUGGUCAGAAUAUGACCCUGAAGCAAAGGGAAGGAUAAAGCACCUUGAUGUGGUUACGUUACUGCGGCGCAUUCAGCCACCGCUUGGUUUUGGCAAGUUAUGCCCUCACCGAGUGGCCUGCAAGAGGUUAGUAGCCAUGAAUAUGCCACUAAACAGUGAUGGAACCGUCAUGUUCAAUGCAACUUUGUUUGCUUUGGUUAGGACUGCUCUAAAGAUAAAAACAGAAGGUAACCUAGAACAAGCAAAUGAAGAACUUAGAGCAGUUAUAAAGAAAAUAUGGAAGAAAACAAGCAUGAAAUUACUUGACCAAGUUGUCCCUCCAGCUGGCGAUGAUGAGGUAACCGUGGGGAAGUUCUAUGCCACCUUCCUGAUACAGGACUACUUUAGGAAAUUCAAGAAACGCAAAGAACAAGGACUGGUGGGGAAAUAUCCUGCGAAGAAUACCACGAUUGCUCUCCAGGCAGGACUAAGGACACUUCAUGAUAUUGGCCCUGAAAUACGGCGAGCUAUAUCCUGUGACUUGCAAGAUGAUGAACCAGAGGAAAACAAUCCAGAGGAGGAGGAAGAUGUUUAUAAAAGGAAUGGUGCCCUCUUUGGCAACCACAUAAACCACAUUAGCAGUGACAGACGAGAUUCAUUUCAACAGAUCAACACCACACACCGUCCCUUGCAUGUUCAGCGGCCUUCAAUUCCAUCUGCAAGUGAUACUGAGAAAAAUAUAUAUCAUCAGGCAGGAAACUCUGUAUACCACAAUCAUCAUAAUCACAACUCAGUAGGAAAGCAUGUUCCCAACUCAACAAACGCCAAUCUCAAUAAUGCCAACAUGUCCAAAGUUCAUGCAAAACACACAAGUUUUGGAAAUCGUGAGCAUCGAUCUGAAAACGGUUACCGUUCACACUCCAGAAGUGACCAUGAGAAGCGUAGAAGGCCAAGCAGUAGGAGAACACGCUACUAUGAAACAUAUAUUAGAUCUGACACUGGUGAUGGACGUCGACCCACUAUUUGCCGUGAAGAACAUGAAGUCCAAGACUAUUGCAAUGAUGAUCAUUAUUUGGGAGAGCAGGAAUAUUUUAGUGGAGAAGAAUAUUAUGAAGAUGACACUAUGUUGUCAGGAAACAGGCACAUGUAUGAUUACCGCUGUAGAUAUCACUGCCAUGACUCAGAUUUUGAGAGACCAAAAGGUUAUCAUCACCCACAUGGGUUUUUUGAGGAAGAUGAUUCACAGAUCUGUUAUGAUACAAAAAGAUCUCCUAGGAGACGGCUGCUACCUCCAACACCACCACCACACAGACGAUCUUCCUUUAACUUCGAAUGCCUCCGCCGACAAAGUAGUCAAGAUGAGAUACCACUCUCUCCUAAUUUUCACCAUCGCACUGCUUUACCCCUUCACUUAAUGCAGCAGCAGGUCAUGGCUGUUGCAGGUCUGGAUUCCAGCAAAGCUCAUAAACAUUCACCAAGUCGUUCAACGCGUUCCUGGGCUACCCCACCUGCCACCCCUCCCAACAGGGACCGUACUCCGUAUUACACCCCUCUAAUCCAGGUGGAUAGGGCUGAUUCUACAGAGCACAUGAAUGGUAGCCUGCCUUCCUUGCAUAGGAGCUCUUGGUACACAGAUGACCCUGACAUUUCCUACCGAACAUUCACACCAGCCAAUUUAACUGUACCGAAUGACUUUAGGCAUAAACACAGUGACAAGCAGAGAAGUGCAGACAGUUUGGUAGAAGCGGUACUUAUAUCUGAAGGCCUGGGAAGGUAUGCGAAGGACCCUAAAUUUGUUUCAGCUACAAAACACGAGAUAGCUGAUGCAUGUGACAUGACUAUUGAUGAGAUGGAAAGUGCAGCAAGUAAUCUUCUCAAUGGAAAUAUUAGCAAUGGGACCAAUGGGGAUAUGUUUCCCAUUUUAAGCAGACAAGAUUAUGAACUUCAAGAUUUUGGUCCUGGCUACAGUGAUGAAGAACCCGAAACGGGACGAUAUGAAGAAGACUUAGCUGAUGAAAUGAUAUGCAUUACAAGCUUAUAGUAUUUACCAAGGAGAAUGAUUCUAAUAACAGAAAAAGUGCCUCAUAGUUUAAAGAUGCUAGGCACUAGCUGGAGUGAAUAACAAAUCAAAGUUUUGUACGAGUGAUGUCACACCUCAAGGAAGCCAUAACUAAUAAAUUUAUUAUCUCCAGGUUGCCGAAAUGUGAUCAGAGCUGCAGUUUGUCAAGUCUCCUCCCACAGAAUCUUCAGUUCCUCUGUAGGAAUAAGGUUAUUUUGAAACAAAGCAGAUUGUGACAAUCAGUUUUAUGAGGGCUAGAGCAGGAUUCUGAGGUGUAAUAUCUUGCCUGUCUUUCAACCUUGUGCUGCUGUCCUUCCUAGUAGAGCAGGAUUUUGUCAGUGAAAAUGUCUGUCUAGGUCUGGCACAGAAUUGUGUGGGAAACAGCAACAUGAGAUGAGCGAUGACAACCAAUAAUGUCAUUACCUCAGUGUUCAAUAGCAUAUCAGCUACACGUUGCAUAUCCAUUCUAACAUUGUUUUCAAACUUGCCUCCUGAUUUCUUUUCUUAAUGCUCUUCUAAAAUACAGUUUGUCAUGCUCUAUCUGUUAGAGAUUGUUGGAAAAAGAAGUUAUAUAAAGAAUAAUCUGUCAUAUGUAACAUCAGUUUACAUAGGAAAAUAUCAUUCAGAUAGUCUGUUUUAUGACUAUCACGUUAAGGGCAAAAUAUACUGGAAUAAUUGCAUUCUUACUAAUGCACUUGCAACCAGGUUAUAGUAGAAUUAGAUAAGAUAGUUUGCUAAAAAUUAUAUAGUAGAAAAUAUUGUAAAUUAAUUGUAAUAUACAAUGAUUUGUAUUUGUAAAGAGAUGUUCUAUAUUUUGUAAUUAUUGUACCGUAAUUGAACUGCAGCAAUAUUUAUGGACCCUAAUUAUUGUAACUCUCCACAGAAUUCUAGAUAGAAGUAUUUUUACUUGGAAUAUAUAGAUCUAUAGCAUAAAUAUUUAAAUAGAGCCACCUCUCAGUGUAAAUCUCUUUUUGGGAUAAAGUGUCAAGUUUGAACUUGGCAACAGAACAGACUUUUUUUUUUUUUUAAAUAAUUGAGUCAAAAGAAUCUCUCUGCAUAAGGGAUGCACAGUUGACUAUUUACAGUCAUAUAUUUGGAAAGGUAAAAGAUUUAAAGUUCUUUAAACUUUUUUUUUGAGUGAAACUUAAGGUCUGAUUUUUAUUUUUAUAUUUAUCCCAUGUUGAAAAAUUAAUAAAAACUUGGCAAAUUCUUGCCAGGUUAUUGCUGGUCAUGAGACAGUUAGUCUUGACAAAGUUUAAUGCCUACAUACCCUAAUAUGACACAGAAAUCAUAUUGGGCAGAAAAUAUUUCCCAGGUAAAUGAAAAUGCUUUACUUCAGUAGUACUUGCUCUGCUUAGAAAGAAAUGUGAUAAAAUGAUUCUACACAGAACCAAAAACCUUGAUAUGAAAAGUAUACUAUUUUAUUGCCUCUGCCUUUCUGUUGUUCUAUGUGUACUAUUUUCAAAGAUUUAUUUUUAUGCAAUCAAGAGAGGGCUUCGAUAUUGUUCACAAUGCAGUAAAACCCUGAAAUGACUUUGAGGCUGAAAUGACCUUGGAGGAUAAUUAAAACACACUGAAAGCUACUGUCUAUUUUGUUAGCACUGGAUAACAAUGACUUGUUCUAACAAGUUAUCUUAUCAGGUUUUACCUGUAGUUCAUAUGCUAGAUAGCAAUCCAGUUCACAUUUUUACAAAUGUGAUGUUUAAAACAUGUCAAUAAACAUUUUGUACAUAAUGACAGUUUCCUAUGAAUAGCUUACAGACUUCCUCUGAAAUCAUUCUUAUUUCAAAUGCCAGGAUAAGAACUUAAAGGUUUGUAAAUUAUUUCUUGACCUACAUCAUUUUGUAUUAAAACAAAUGCAAAAUGUUCUUCAAAAUAAAACUGUGUAAUAAUUUUAUUAUA